GGGCGCUGAGCGGAGCACCAACGUCUCUUCAAUCGGGCUGACUGACAAUUCGCUCAGGGAAUUACGGUGUCUCAGCAAAGACGGUGACGAGGGGACUGCACAUGCAGGAUUUUUCAUGCAUGUUACGGCGUUUGGGACUACUAUGCGAAGCUGAUGGACUGAAGAUGAUGCAGAAAUGAAUCCCACCAUAUCGCUCCUGUAAACUUUUAACAUUUAUUGGAGAAACCCGAGGAACACUACACGGACACGUUCUUUUUGGACCCUAAGAGAUAUGACUAAAACUUAAAAGCAGAGAGGGGCGCUGGAGAGGGUCAAAUGCGAAGUAGCCAAAUGCGAAGGAGCCUACCGGGUGAACGACUUUCGUUCGUCCUCAUUCUGCUGGCGAAGAACCCGUGCGAAGCCCAUUCUCCCAAAUACGGAGGAAUUGGAUAUACGCGUCUGCUUUCAAGCUAACCUUUGCUGGUUCAUACAUUACAUUCCGUUAGUGUUUUGUUUUAUGGGGAUAAGACAUAUUCUGAAAUUUUGAAGUUGCUGGACUUCCACCGGGUCUUGAGGAGUUGGACCUUUCAGGAUUACCUACUCACUAUUCUCUGGGCGCAUUUUCAUGUCAACGUUGUCUGCUGUAUGACAAUGGAUUAUUUGCUGUUUUUAUGCAGCCUCUUGCUGCCACUGACGUCGGCCGUUGAGGAAACGCUCAUGGACACCAAGUGGGCCACCACCGAGCUGGCGUGGACUUCACAUCCUGAGACCGGGUGGGAGGAGGUGAGCGGCUACGAUGACGCCAUGAACCCCAUCCGGACGUACCAGGUCUGCAACGUGCGCGAACUCAACCAGAACAACUGGCUACGGAGCGACUUCAUCCCGCGCAAGGACGUGCUGCGCGUCUACGUGGAGAUGAAGUUCACGGUGCGCGACUGCAACAGCAUCCCCAACAUCCCCGGCUCCUGCAAGGAGACCUUCAACCUCUUCUACUACGAGUCCGACACCGACUCGGCCACCGAGACCAGUCCCUUCUGGAUGGAGAACCCCUACGUGAAGGUGGACACCAUCGCGCCCGACGAGAGCUUCUCCAAGCUGGACCUGGGCCGCGUCAACACCAAGGUGCGCAGCUUCGGCCCGCUCUCCAAGGCCGGCUUCUACCUGGCCUUCCAGGACCUGGGUGCCUGCAUGUCGCUCAUCUCCGUGCGGGUCUUCUACAAGAAGUGCUCCACCACCAUCGCCAACUUCGCCGUCUUCCCCGAGACGGCCACGGGCGCCGAGGCCACCUCGCUGGUCAUCGCCCCUGGCAACUGCGUGCCCAACGCCGUGGAGGUGUCCGUCCCCUUGAAGCUGUACUGCAAUGGAGACGGCGAGUGGAUGGUUCCCGUCGGCUCCUGCACCUGUGCCUCGGGCUUCGAGCCGGCCAUGAAGGACACUCAGUGCCAAGCUUGCAGUCCCGGUACGUUUAAGGCCAAGCAGGGCGAGGGCUUCUGCAACCCGUGCCCCCCCAACAGCCUGACCAGCUCCACAGCGGCCAGCGUCUGCUCCUGCCGAAACGGCUACUACCGAGGAGACAGCGACGCGCCAGAGGACUCAUGCACUACGGUUCCGUCGUCCCCGCGGAACGUCAUCUCCAACGUGAACGAGACCUCCCUGCUGCUGGAGUGGAGCGAGCCGCGCGAGUCGGGCGGCCGCGAGGACCUGUUCUACAACGUCAUCUGCAAGAAGUGCCACGUGGAGCGCGGCAGCUGCUCGCGCUGCGACAACAACGUGGAGAUCACGCCGCACUACCUGGGCCUGACGCAGCGGCGCGUCACCGUGCGCAACCUGCAGGCGCACACGCAGUACAGCUUCGAGAUCCAGGCGGCCAACGGCGUCACCGCCAAGAGCCCCUACGCCCCACAGUCCUCCACCGUCAACAUCACCACCAACCAAGCAGCUCCCAGUGCGGUGCCCACGGUGCAUCUGAUGGCUGCCUCCUCCGACGUCAUGAGUUUGUCGUGGCUUCCCCCGGAGCGGCCCAACGGCAUCAUCCUGGAUUACGAGAUUAAGUACCAUGAGAAGGACCAGGGGGAGGCCAUAGCCCACACCAUGACGGCCCAGCGCACCUCUGCCCGCAUCGAGGGCCUGAAGCCGGGCACCCCCUACGUGGUGCAGGUGCGCGCCCGCACGGUAGCCGGGUACGGACGCUACAGCAGCCCCGCCGACUUCAGCACCAACACGCGCGACGCGGACCCAGAGAAGACGAUUCAGGAGCAGCUGCCCCUCAUCGUGGGCUCCAUCACAGCUGGCCUGGUCUUCAUCAUUGCCGUGGUUAUCAUUGCCAUUGUCUGCCUCAAGAAACAAAGGAACGGCUCCGAGUCUGAAUACACUGAGAAACUGCAGCAGUACAAAUCCCCUAUAGUAACGCCGGGAACCAAGGUCUAUAUUGACCCCUUCACCUACGAGGACCCCAACGAGGCGGUGCGGGAGUUUGCCAAAGAGAUAGACAUCUCCUGCGUGAAGAUCGAGGAGGUCAUCGGCGCAGGUAACCAACAGCAUCAGCACAAGCUGCUGAGCAACAGGGGGAGGACAGCUAGGCAUGCCACCCACCACCACCACACGCAGGCCAUACCCUUAGAGGACUUCACAGAAAGCGGAGAGUUUGGGGAGGUGUGUCGCGGUCGCCUCAAGCUGCCCGGCCGGCGGGAGAUCAUUGUGGCCAUCAAGACGCUGAAGGUGGGCUACACCGAGCGGCAGAGGCGGGACUUCCUGUCCGAGGCCAGCAUCAUGGGCCAGUUCGACCACCCCAACAUCAUCCGCCUGGAGGGAGUGGUCACCAAGAGCCGGCCAGUCAUGAUUGUCACAGAGUUCAUGGAGAACGGCGCCCUUGACUCCUUCCUCAGGCUCAACGACGGCCAGUUCACGGUCAUCCAGCUGGUGGGAAUGCUCAGAGGCAUCGCAGCGGGAAUGAAGUAUCUUUCCGAUAUGAAUUACGUCCAUCGAGACCUGGCGGCCAGAAACAUCCUGGUCAACAGCAACCUGGUCUGCAAGGUGUCUGACUUCGGGCUGUCGAGGUUCCUGGAGGACGACGCUACCGAUCCCACCUACACAAGCUCCCUGGGAGGAAAGAUUCCGAUCCGGUGGACGGCGCCUGAGGCUAUCGCUUACAGGAAGUUCACCUCAGCUAGCGACGUAUGGAGCUAUGGCAUCGUUAUGUGGGAAGUGAUGUCAUAUGGUGAACGUCCAUACUGGGACAUGAGUAACCAGGAUGUGAUAAAUGCGGUGGAGCAGGACUAUCGACUGCCCCCGCCCAUGGACUGCCCCACCGCUCUCCACCAGCUCAUGCUCGACUGCUGGGUGAAGGAGAGGAACCUGCGGCCCAAGUUCGCGCAGAUCGUCAACACGCUGGACAAACUCAUCCGCAACGCCGCCAGCCUCAAAGUGGUGACCAGCACACACCAGUCAGGGGCAUCGCAACCCCUCCUCGACCGCUGCGUGCCAGACUACACCACCUUUGCCACCGUGGGGGACUGGCUGGAAGCCAUCAAGAUGAGCCGCUACUGCGACAACUUCCUCAACGCCGGCUUCGCCUCCUUUGACCUGGUGGCGCAGAUGACGUCCGAGGACCUCCUGAGGAUAGGUGUGACAUUGGCCGGCCACCAGAAGAAGAUUCUGGGCAGCAUUCAGGACAUGAGACUCCAGAUGAACCAAACACUGCCAGUGCAGGUCUGAGCCAAUGAGCCAAGAAGUGGGCGGGACUGUGCCAGAUCGAGAGCCAAUGGAAAACCCCAGCUGCCUGACCAUCUGCCAAUCAGAUAACUAAUAAUAAAAAAAAAACUGGCUCGCAGUGCCUCAGACAACUUUUUCCUCCACGCCCCCCUGAAACCAACCAACCACCCAACCAACCGAUCCCUCCAACCCCACCGCCAUGUUUUUUGUUGAUUUUUUACCCAACAUCCCACAUGACGAGACAUUUAUAGAACAGUGAUCUUUUUUGUACAUUUCUUCUUUUGUUUUUGAAAAGACAAGACAUCCACACCCCUCGCGUGCCUGGCCAGCUGCCUCAAAGGUGCGACGGCACUUCAGAGAGAGCGCGUGCGUGGUUUAUCUUUUUUUUCACUCCUCGCUUAUAUUUCGUUAUUGUUUUAUGUGUGUGUGUGUUUGUGUGUGAGUGUGUGUGUGAUAAUGAUGAUGGGCUAGGACAUCCACGGUUUUGACCGUAAGCCGAGUGCUUCCAUUUGAAUAUAAAAGACGAGAAGAAGGAGGUGGAGGCCCAUCUCGUCGGACACUUUGCUCCGUACAAACACACUCCUCUGACUGCACACACACAAACACACAUACACACUCCUGUGGCCACACACCCACACACGCACACUCCUGUGUGUCGACAGACACAGACACACUCCUGGCGACGAGAGGGGAAAGAGCUGUUGCAUGAGGAACACUUUUGCUGGGAGGAAGAAAACAAAGCAAGAAAAGGUCAUUGGAAAAUGUGAACUGCUGAUGCAAAGACAAAAGAGUGAUGGCUUGGGUCGCAAGAGGACAGUCGAAGAAGAGUCCCUCCCAUACGAACAGCCGUUUCCGUUUCUGUGUGUGCGCGUGCAUGUGUGUGUGUCUACGUGUGUGUUAAAUGUGCGAGUGUAUUCCCCCAUCUUCAUAUUGAAGGUGCUAUAUAUACAAAUACCACUCGCCAAGGACGGCACGGAGCGGGCUGAGACGGAGGCGAAAAUUGCAAGUAGAAAGAUGAAAGGUCGAAGGUUACGAGUGUGUCAGAGAAAAGAUUUAGAGCGCGAGCUAGCGGGAGGGAUAAGGUGUUGCCCAUGGAGGCCAUCAGCAAAUACGGCAGCAGCAAAAAAGGACUUUGUGGUGAGCUCAGGAGAUUGCCUAGUGUUUAGGAACGGUAGAAUAAUCCGCUGACUUUUUUUUUUCUUUUACUUUUUUCUAUUGUCUUGUGGUUCAGAUCAUGUUUUUGUUUCUGUUUCUGUUUCAACUGUGUUCUCUGAUUCAUGAAUAUUGUCAAUGCUGGUGUCCAGAGUUGGGUGGUCAAAACCAGGGCACUCCAGGGCAACAAAGGCUGGGGUGGCCAAGGUAGGCAGAGGGAGGGGGAGUGGUGGGGCAGAGACCAGGUCAAUGGCAAAAACACACAGACAGACCUUACCGCGUCUGUGUGUUUGAGUCAGUGCAUGCAAGGUCAUGUAAAUGUGUGUGUGUGUGUGUGUGUGUGUGCGCAUGUGUGAGCGUGCGUGCGUGUGUCAGUGAGAGCGAAGAAGAGUUCAAGAGUGCAAAAGUGUGCGCGUGUGCACAGUUGUGAUGAGCGUGUAAGGAUUUGCACACAAAUACUGUACAAUAUAGCUUCAGCUAUGCGUCACUAUGGAGAUACAGCGCAUGAACUGAAUUCAAAGGAGCAAUUAUAUCUCAAACAACUAUAUUCUGUGGACAAUUGUUAACAUUUUGUAUGGAAUAAAAAAUCAAAGUGAUAGCGGAUAUAUCCAGAGACUACGAAUAACCACGAAAGAAAAAAAAACAACUUUUUUGACUUUUACAUGGAUUUACAAAUAAUCAUUUUGGGUUUAACCUUCUUCCCCCAAUGUAUUUAUUUUUUUUCCACACCUGGACAAAAGGCCAAGAGAACUGUGGACUGUAGCUAAGAGGACAUACACAUGCAGGAGACUGCCAACAAAUUGACACGGACUUUUAAAAAUUGGAUAUUUGUAUUUGUUGUUGUUCUAAACAGCCUGUAAAUGUUUUGUAACAAAAGAAAAACAUAAACAUCCUGAGAAAACAACGAGAGCAAGUGGCUGGAAUUUGAAGGGUGUGUCUAUGACUUAUGAGCAUAUGUGUGUGUGUUUGCUUGGCGAAGAGAGAAGACGCCUACCGAUCACCAGCUGGGGAAGGAAAUAUAUUCACAUACACACAGGAGUAGAAAGAAUGCAAUAUGCUAACCUUGCAAAGUCCCCGGUUCCUACAAAGCCUUAGAUAUAUCUUUGCUCUACUCAGCAACACAAACAACGCAGAAACUUCAUACCACCAGUAAGAAGUGCUUGUCUUCCUCUGCCCAAGCUACUCCUCCCAAAUUAGGUUCAUGAUCACGUUCCCAUGUUGUUGAGUGUGUGUUUGUGUGCCAGUGUGUGUGUGUGAUUGUGUGCGCAGGUGUGAUUCUGUGUGUGUAGGUGGCCAGGUGUGAGUGUGUGUGUCUCUAAAGCAUGAGGUAGUAUUUUAUGAUCAGUCAGACUGGUUCCUUAUCUUUAGAAAUCACACGCUGCUGCUGCUGCUGCUGUGAUGCAUUCUGGGUAGCCUCUGCAAGGACGUUUGCUGUUGUCUUCCACGUGCAGCGCCCGGGAGUGUACUGUGCUGCACUAACAGCCUCAGCCCCGCUUCAUAGAUUAUUACAGUUGCACAGAGCAAAAGCUUUAAAAUCACACAUGCUUAGACAUACAUUUAGAGUCUUUCUGACACAUUUGAAAACACACACACAUACACACACAGUCAAAUGUAUACAGUAUGUAUGGUAUAACAAUACAUUAACUAGGGCUACUGAUAACCCAGUAAUGCCUAGACAGUGUCGUGUGAUGGGACAGUGGUCCACAGUUGAUGCAUGUCCCUCCCUUUCCCCCCUCCGCUGUUCUGGGCUCUGCCUGGAGUAAAUAAUGCUCCUCUCCCCAGUCGCUCGUGUUUGUCUGGGUCACAGAUGCUCUGUCAUUAUUCCCGGCCCUGACAUCCCAGCCUUAUACAGUGACCGUAGUGUCUGUGGCGCCACUCGCAAGCUCGCUCGCUCGCUUUACUCAACCGGAUUUACAAACUCCGGGGAAGAAACCGAUGGCUGGCCGCAUCAUGCAGCUCUGUGCCGCCAUAAUCUGUUAUUGCCUGGGACUGAUUAGUCCAGGACUAGCCAGGCAGGGCAUCAAACAGACCUGAAGAAGAGAAGGAAAAGACAGGACAGGGAGGAGAGGGAGGGUAUGGGUGUGGUAGAUGUUGGAGAGAAGAGAAUAUGAAUCAGCUUAAGAAAAUAUAAACACAUUUUGCAGCCAGGAGAUAUGGUGCGUGUGCGAUGUCUGGCCCAUAUAUAUAUGGCUAGGACUGUAGCGAGAUAAGGAAUAAGGAAUAAGGAAUACUGUGUGAGCUUAGUUUCUUAUUAACACAGUGGCUAGGGGUGCAUCUGUAUGCACACUGUUGUAUCAUCCUCCCACCAGCGUACGUAGUUGAUGUGCACCCAAAAUUGGAAGGCAACCAAUGGGGAUCCUGUGCCAUUUCAUUCUUCACCGGGGGGAAGCAGCGAGCAUGUGUAAUCAAUAGCUGAAUGAUCAGUAAAUGGGAUCAUUUCGUCCAGUAAUUGUGUCUGGCAGUCAGUAAAAAUGAAUGCAGCUCACAGGGCCCAACUCUUCCGCUGUGUUGAACCCAUACACAUAGAGUACAGUAAAACACAUAAAAAUAUCCCCACUCUCCCUUUAGUUAAAAAGCCUAAUCAUAAUCCUUCAAGGAGCAAUACAUUUUCAGUCAAAUAAACACACCCAUAUAGUAUAAGGUAGAGAUGCCACUGUGAUAAGUGUGAUGUGUGUGAUGCUGAGGGUACUGGGGUGAGGAGAACGCUCCACUGAAUGCUGUGUAAAAUAUAGUGAUCCACUGAGCACAUAUUGUCAUGCUUACCUGCAUUGAGCGCCCAUACGGGAGGGGCGCGUGUAGCUAUGCUAACAUUCCAUGAAACAGUCGAGAGGUUUAGCCAAUGGGAUCGAGAUGGGCUGUAGCCAAUGGGAUCUAGCCUGGUCUGGCCAAUGGGAUCUGAUCUCAUGAUGGCAGCUGAGGUGGAAAACACAGAAAGCUGACGUUGGUUUCCUCAAGUCACGUCAAGGUCAAUCCGCUGAGGAAGCCCGUUUUUAUACAAGGCUCUGUCACACAGGAUCUUCUUGGCCAGGCACACCCACAGUAGUCUUCAACAGGAAAUCUAUUCUCUCCCUGAGACAUAUUGAAUGGCAAGCCCAGUGCAUCCAUGCGACAGAGCUGGACCUUGACAGCACUAGAAAAAAAAAGAAAAGAAAAGAAAAAGGUGUGAGCAUCAGCAUUGGCAUAUCGACCCCGCCCUGAGAAGCAGAUUCUCCACAAAGUGACACAUAUCGUUGUGCCAAUGUUCUCCCCUGUCUUUAGGUUGAUCCACCAUGCUUCGUGGUCUCCUUGCUCUAUCAAGCAGAUCCCCUCAGUCGUGUUCACCUCCUCCUCCUCCUAUACGUGAUCCAUCCCUCCCUCUCUUCCCUUGUUUACUCCCCAUAGAUCUCUCCAUCUCACUCUCUCUCUCUUUUUCCCUUCUUUUAUACAGAGAUAGGAUUUUUUUUGUUUUAAGCACAUUUGAUGACCUGCCUUUUCUUGUCACUUUUCCAACCACUACAGAGAAGAUGUGAGAGGAGGGUUGUACUUAUAGAGAGGGAGGAAGCAUUUCAAGAUGCAAUUUUAUUUCUUUUUUUCCUUCUUUUUUUCUUUUUGAUGCAUUGAGGUGUAUUUAAUGGUGUUGACAAACCAACAAUAAUGAAAAUGAUGCAUUCUUGUAGAAAUAUUUUUAAAAGACCCUUUUGCAAUUAAAUUAUUUAAGAAAUGUA